AUGUCUCAAGUGAAGGACAUUGCGCCCUCGCCUACAGAGGCCGACAUCGAUUCACCAUCAUCCCAAUCCUCCAGUCCCGCGAAUCCUCCCCCUGCAACUUCCGCCGCUCAACAGAGCGACAAUAUUGCCCAUGCGUUGGCUGGUGCGGGCGGCGGCCUCCUGGCAAUGACCCUUACCUACCCCCUGAUCACGCUCUCGACCCGCGCACAGGUCGAGUCGAAGCGGGCGGAUACCUCCACACUCGCAGCCGUGAGGCACAUCAUCCAGCGGGAAGGCCUGGGCGGGCUCUAUGCCGGGCUCGAGAGCGCCUUGUUCGGUAUUUCAGUCACCAACUUCGUCUAUUACUAUUGGUAUGAGUGGACCCGCGCCUUCUUUGAGAAAGCGGCAGUCACGGCGGGACGGGCUAGCAAGAAGCUCACUACCGUCGAGAGCAUGAUCGCUGGUGCGAUUGCGGGAUCGGCCACUGUCCUCCUGACCAAUCCGAUCUGGGUCGUCAACACAAGGAUGACAGCCCGGAAGAAUGAAUCAGGAGAGGGCGAGUUACCUGGUGGUGAAAAAAGACAGGUUAAGAAACCUAGCACCAUCGGGACUUUGGUGAGCCUCCUCAAGGAGGAGGGGCCCUCGUCGCUUUUCGCCGGGGUCCUUCCCGCUUUGGUCUUGGUCAUCAACCCUAUCCUCCAAUAUACCAUAUAUGAACAGUUGAGGAACGUUCUGGAGAAGAAGAGGAAGUUUGGCCCUCGUGAUGCCUUUUAUUUAGGUGCUCUUGGCAAGCUGCUAGCGACUACCAUCACCUAUCCUUAUAUUACAGUCAAAGCCAGGGCCCAUGUCGCCAGGAAAGAGGACGCUCAUGAGGGCAUGUGGAGGAGCCUGAACAGGAUUGUCAAGGAGGAAGGCUGGGGCGGAUUGUACAAGGGAAUCGUGCCUAAAGUCAGCCAGAGUGUGUUGACUGCGGCUUUUCUCUUUGCCUUCAAGGAUGUCUUGUACGAGAUGACCGUGGCAGCACGCCGAAAGGCAAAGGCCAUCAAAGCAUAA